AUGGCUGGAACACCGAUCAAGGUUCCGGGAAAGAACACUCGUGACUCCAGCAAAUCUGCUGUUCUGGCCAGAAAGAUCAUGAAACGACCACCUGGGAGGCCUCUCAAGAAAAGAUCCCCAAAGGUCGCAUCACAAAUGCCACAGUCUUUCAAUUCUAUUCUUCGGGAAUCAAAAGUCCGCACUUUGAAGAACAUCAAAUCGAGACGUAAGAUGUCGGAACUUGAAAGAUUGCCAACAGAGAUUCUCGAGCAGAUUUUCUUCGGCUGUUGGAACUUGAGUUUGCCAGCAUGUAGUCCAGUCAUAGGAGGAAAACUAAGUAGUGUUGCUGUCUAUAACAAGAUCAUUAUUGCUGCUUUUGGUCCAGUUUGGGAUAAAUGGUAUGGGCAACUGUUGGAUCCAAGGUUGGACUUGGACUAUAGUGGCAAUAGCAGUCUACAGUCUACUAUUCUAAAAUUUCGCUGGGCAAAAUUGCCGAUGCUUCUCCAAGGUCAAGACUUAUGGGUUCAAAAAUAUGCACUAGAACGUCCAUUUCCACUUGCUCUUGGGAUGGUUGCCUUUCACCAUGGGGAUGAUAUAGAAGGUAUUGACCCUAAGGAUACCUCAGCAGCUGAAUUACUUGACAAUGAUUUUGCCAAAUAUUGUAAUGCAUUUCAAAGAAUGGAUGUCUCUCAUACAACGGAUGCCUCCGAAACAAUUGAUUUCAUGUCGAGUUUGGUCGAGAAAAGAGAGCAAAUCUUUGACCUGGGUAUUCGCAAUUAUGCGAAUGUUGCUAGAGGUACCGAGAUACCUCACACACUGUUAAUGGGCCCAUGGGACGAGAAAGCUGUCAAAUUCUUAUUUUGGUUAGUUAUGGGAGGAGCACGUAUUGACUGGCUCGCGUCAACGAGCGGAGAGGCAGCUAUUAUCGGUUAUAAAAAUGCUGUUCGAGAGUGUAGAAUCGAGGUAAUACACCUCUUAUUGUAUGCUGGUGUCAAUCAGAAGCUUGAUGAAGACAUUUUUCAAUAUACUCUCGAGAAUGCAGAUCCAAACAGGCAUUUUAUGACCAUACUUCUGAUGGUCUACCCUCCUUAUCAAGAUCCUUACCCUUGGAUCAUUGAAGAGAUUUUCCGCUUCAGAAGUGGUCAUGAGCAUGAGAAUGAUAACAAGAAGGUUAGUUCCAACCCAAGACAAGGUCAUUCUUUGGACCAUGCCCCUCAUGUUCCAGCUUCUAGCCUAGGAUACAAUUAUCCUUCGAGGUCAUGUCGGAGACCACUUUCCACUUCACUACAGCGUAGAGCGACCGUUGAAGCUGGGUUCCAAAAUCCGAAGUUUUUAGGAUCGCGAUUGGCCACCUCCAAUUCUUCUUCAAACGCUACUCAACCCAAACGGGCAACUCUAUCGAGCAAGCAAUCUGCGACUCAAAAUCGCUCACAGUCAAGUCGCGGAAUAUUCACGGGCGCAAGAAAAUGGCCAUUCAAGCUUUGGUCUUCGAAAAGGGACGGGAAACCAUUACAACCGGACGAUUUACCACACCUCAGUGAGGAUGGCAGAGAAAUAGAUGUUUUCAGCCUGGGACGAUCUGUAUCUGUGAAGGCAGCCAGUGAGCCUCGGCUACGAUGUACAGAGUUAGAUGAGAAUGGGAAUGUGGUUCUUGUGAAUGGGGAGUUCAAGAAGAGCGAGCUUAUUGCUAAGUAUGGUCUGCUUCCUCGAGAUCUUCGAAAAAUCGACUCGAGUACGCUUCCGCAUAUCCUCGUUCGUCCUUCAGCUAUUCUCAUAAAUCUCCUACAUCUUCGAGUCCUCAUAAAGUCUAAUAGGGUCUUGAUUUUCGACGCUUAUGGCUCUACUGAUACCUAUACACAAUCGCUUUUCAUGUAUGAUUUAGAAGGAAAGCUUAGCCAAAAGCAAACUUCUGCAUCUGCUGGUGCUCUUCCAUAUGAAUUUCGUGCUCUCGAAGCUGUCCUCAUAUCGGUUACAUCUGGCUUGGAAAAGGAAUUUGAAACGGUUCGAGAACCGGUUGUCAGGGUUCUGAAGGAGUUAGAAGAGGAUAUCGAUCGAGACAAGCUCCGCUACCUCCUUAUUUAUUCCAAGAAACUCGGCACAUUCGAACAGAAGGCGAAAUUGGUCAGGGACUCGAUUGAUGAGUUGUUGGAGGCAGAUGACGAUCUAGCUGCUAUGUAUCUGACUGAGAAAGAUCAUGAUUUAAAGAGAGGGGAGGAUGAUCAUACAGAAGUCGAAAUGCUGUUAGAGUCUUACCACAAGCUUUGCGACGAAAUUGUUCAAGAGUCUGGAAAUUUAGUUUCCAACAUUAGGAACACCGAAGAAAUUGUUAAAGCCAUCCUUGAUGCCAAUCGCAAUUCUCUCAUGCUUCUCGAGCUCAAAAUAUCCAUCGGAACGCUCGGUAUGGGUUCCGGCGCAUUCAUCGCCGCUCUGUACGGCAUGAAUUUAAAGAACCAUAUCGAAGAAUCCGACCUUGGUUUCUUAGGCGUAUCAGGCUGGUGUGGAAUAUUUGCCGCCAUCGUAUGGUUCUACGGAAUCUCCAAACUCAAGAAAGUUCAACGCGUCAGUAUGUGGGGGGAAAGUGGAAUGCGCGGUCGCAAUUGGAGAGUUGCGGAAGAUGAGACGAAGGCUUUGGAAAUGGACAAGGGAAGGAGGGAUAGGGGAAGAAGAUUGAAAGAGGAGAGGGGAAGUGCUAUGGAAGAGGUUAGGGCGAAGGUGAUGGAACAGAGGAAAUCUAUUCAUGAGAGUGCACAGGCUGCUGGGAAUGCGGAAAAGAGGGCAAGGGAGAUGGCAGCUAGGAGUGCAGGACACGGGCAUGGGCACGGUCACGGACAUGUCCAUGGUCAUGCGAGAAAGGGCUUAGACACCGCUACUGAUACUUAG